AUGUGUUUUGGUCAUUUCGUGACAAAGAGUUGACCGUUGAACAACACUCGCGGCGGUUUCGCAUUCGAAAAACGGAAAUAGUGCGACCCGGCUUUUCCUACCACAUUUUCAAUAUCGAUUAUCGCAGUUAUACCGAAUUUUCUCUCUGUUCCUUUAUAGCCAUUUGUUUGUUCGUUUGUGUGAGCGCAUAAAAUGGAAGCCCUUAUCGGUUUAAAUCUACAACAAAAUGUUCUAUUCAAAUAAUAAAUUCAAUAACGAAAAUAUAAAAAACAAAAUUAACGAAUAAUGCAAAACGUGGACUUUAAUAAGGAAAACGAAAAUCCACAGCACUUCCCUUCCAACCCUGAGCACACAACCAGCAACAACAACAGCAGCAGCAAUUCAAAUCCCUCCAACGACAAUUCCCAAAAACCCCCAGAAAAAGAAUCCAUUGCAGAAGAGGAACCCACGACAUCUAACCAAGGAGCAACCAGACCUAAAUUUUCUUUCGCCUCGGAUUAUACACCCUCUCGUCACUUCACCUCAUCGUUUGCAGCACCCCCGGCUUCCGCACCAUAUUACUACGAUCCAAAUUUACCCUCUACAUCAUCACUAUCGGCUUUCACCGUUCUAAAUAACGACUACACUUCAUCUUCAUCGUACCUCGCCAACAAACCGAACGCCAUAGUGCACCCCAUACGACGUUCCGAGGAAACGGCAUUGCCGAAAAAUGCAAAUCUACUUGGCCGUGAUCUCAGGAUCAAUGGUUAUUCGACGAAUGCUGGACUGUCGAUAACCCAACCGGCCUACAGUCGUGAUGUACAAAAGUUUGCCGAGGAGCUAAAGCGUAAGCUGAGCUCAUUGGAUUCGAGCAUUGCUGGCAAUCGGGAUCUUAGCUUGUCGAGGUUUAAGAACUCUUCACAAAAUGGCAGCAAUCAAGAAACACUUAACCAGCGACCGCUUUUCAUUACCACUGUGCCGCGUGGCAUUUUCCUACCACCGCCAAAAGAAGUUGCGCUCCUUUCGCCGACACGUAAACGGCAACUGUAUGCGUACUCCUCACAUCCGGUCGUCUAUCGGGGCAAUGAGCCAACGUCGUCUCUGUACUACCAACACCAACAUCACUUCAGUCGGCUGCCCUAUCCUGACCAAACGCAAAUUAUCCACAAAAUAAUAAUCAGAAGCCAAAAUAGCCAAGAGAAACCACAGCAACAACAACAACAACACCAACACUACACAAACCGAAACUCUUCGAUAACAAUGGCCAAGGACAAAUACUCCAACACUUUUACGGCAGGCUCCACAAAUCCCCCACGUGGGGGUGCAAGCGAUGGCGGGAAGGGAGGUGGUAGCGGCAUUGUUGGAGUUUCGAUCGCCAAUUCUGAUAAGGAUUCGUCGAAAACUUCUUUACGUAUAAACGGUGUCAGGGGGCCAACGUAUGCAUCCUCUUUGGCGACGGGUAACGCUAUAUCACCCCCCUUGGGUGGCAUAAGUAUUAGCAAACAACAAUUCCAACAACAACUCGAGCUCAGUCGUUCGAAAAGAGAAAACCCACCAGCCGAACCAUACAAAAAUAUAAUGUAUGACCGAAGAGUCGUACGAGGCAGUAAUUAUGGAGCCACAAAUGCCCUCUUGAGUGACUAUGAUCCCUUUGACAAGGCGGCCGAAUUACGCAGACGUCAGGCAUUGCGUAAAAAGAAUGUUAGCCAUCGAAAUCAACGAAAUGUGUUGGGCACUCCACCGCCAGUCACAGGACGACGCCAUGAGGAUGUACAAACCGAAAAGUAUCUGGAAGAAUUGGUAGCAAGGCCACCCGAACAAUCGGUGGAAACCCAAACAGAUCUGUUUCUGGAGAAACCUCCAACACCACCCUAUGUGCCGGCCAAAAUUGGUGUUGAUGUGGCCACCGAAAUAUGUGAUGGUGAACUCUUCCAGUUCGAUGAAGAAGCCCAGCCAAUUAUUGAUGCGUUGGUGGAUAGUACAUUGGAGUUGAGCAUAUUGGAGGUGGCCCAUGAAAGAGAAAUCAAUCACAUACGAGAGAAACAAGCAGAACUUCUUGCCCAACGAAAAGCUGAAUUGGCCGAAUUGCGUCGCCUUGAGGCCGAGGAGUUACGUUUACAGGCCGAAAAGGAAAGACGUCUGCGACAAGAUGAAAUUGCCAAAUCCUUGGAUAAUGAUAUGCAACAAGAAGUCACCGCCGCCAAAUUGUUACAAGGCCACAUUGCCAGCAUUCUACCCGAAAUUUUGGACAAUCUCGAACCUGCCACAGAUGCUGCCAAGCGUGAAAAUCUCAUGGAAACUCUUUGUCCAUGGCUAUCGGCAGAAGUGGCUGAAGAAGUUGGCCACAUUGUGGACUCACGUGAAAUUCUUACGGUCAUAAUACAAGAGAUUAUCAAACAACGAGCCGAGAUCUAUGCCGACUACAAAGAACCAUCCGCACCGCCAUUACCCGAAGUCCAUGGCGAAGAGGAACAUCAAGAAACAUUGACAGAUGCCAUGGAGUCUUGUGAAACGGAGUCUCAUCAGGAGCCAAGUCAAGAAGUUUGAUAGAUUGUCGAAGACCUUGUCUCGUAGAAGCCAGCUCAAUUAUAACAAACCUACAUACAUAUAUUUUUUAACAAUAUACAUACCUAUACCUAUAUUUAGCAAUUAACUAACCACUAUAGCUUAUUAUGUUUAUAAGUUUUGUUACCAAUCACAUGCGCUCUCUCUAUCAUUGUCAUUAACUUUCGUUUCAAAUAGCUCUCAAAGAGCAAUAUUUGGAAAGCAGUCAAUGGAUCAAUGAUAGUACUGUGUUGUCAUCAAAAUUAUUAAAAUAUAUUUUUUAUGUUUUGAAAAUUGUUGAGAAAACGUAAACUUUUUCGCAGGAAACAUGCAAUUUCCAAUUUCACCACAUGUCCCAUUAUUCACAAUUGAAGAUGGCAGUUAAAUUAUCAGAAUUUACCAGGAUUUUUUCCAUUGCCGGGGAGUAAUUGUAAUUUAUAUUUAUAUAAAUUUCAAUUAACUCAAUUAACAAUUGUAGAAUAAUUAAAAAAAUUGAACUCACUACUAUGAUACAUUUUAACAUCCUGUGUUAUUUCCUUGAGGUUUGAUCAUCAUAUAUUCGAAUAUAGGAGGAAAAUUUUGGUUUGUUUAGUCCUAAAAUCUCAAUUUUCCGGCAUAAUUUUACACUUUAAAUUGUGAUUUAAUUUCUUCUGUCAUCUGUCGUUUGUAAAAUAGACGAUGCUGAAAUUGGAGGUUCAUGAAUGUUUUCCUAAAAGGUUUGAGUUGAAAUUUAGUAAAUAAAUGUAAAUAGAUUGAAAAAUAA